AUGACAGCACACAAUGUGUUCUGUCGGCUGGGGGCCAAGGACCUGAGUGCCUUGCACCCCCAGCUCAAGGAGAACGGCGUCCGCCUGGUGGGCGUCGGUCUCGAGGAGCUCGGUGUGGAGGAGUUUGUUGAAGGACAGUAUUUCUCCGGAGACCUCUUCAUUGACCUGAAACAGGAGAGCUACAAGGAGAUGAAUAUGAAGCGCCACAGCUACUUCAGCAUCUGGCCCAGUGUGUUCGGCAAGAAGGGACGCGACGCCACCAGCCGGGCCAAGACGAUGUCGAUCUCCGGAAACCUGAAGGGCGACGGCUUCCUGAUGGGCGGCACGAUCGUGGUCAAUAAGGGCGGCACCGAGACGCUGCUGCAGUUCAAGCAGGACGGCCCGGCCGACCACGUCGAGAACAGUGCCAUUCUCAAGGCUCUGGGCAUCUCCGGUGGAGACGCGGCGUCGCCACCGCCGGCCGCCGACGGCGACAAGCCCAAGGUGACCUGCACGGAGGACGUGUGCACGCGCUCCUAGACUGCCGACGUCGCCGGGAGGUGAGGGGUGGGGCGCGCGGGCCGGUCGGCCGGCCGUCGGCUCCGACGAUCGGACGAAUGACGACGCCGACGCAAAGUCCCAGCGGACCGGUCGGUGUCUGAGGUGUGUCUGAUCAGAGGGUCACCGGCGGGCGUCUGUCCUGCUCCGCUGCCCCACUUCGCCCCUGCCGCCGUGCAUCGGACAGUCUAAAGGGAUGUCUGAAGAUUCCUGGUCUUUAUAAUGUUAUCCGUAUCUCGUCUAUGGUUUGCCGGCGGGUGGGCUUGACUCGUUCGGCCGCCGGUGAAGUCUCUAAGUCUCCAUCGCUGCCUCUGGGAACGCCGCACGGCGCUUUCUAUCGAACGAACGACACCGGCGCUGACUCGCCAGAACUGUGUGUGAUGUUCUGUGAUGUACUCUUAUCCACCGCGGCUCUCUCGCUCUCUCCGCGUCCCUCCACUGCUCUGCUCUCUCGCUCGCCGCCCUCCCGGCUUGCUGUCUGUGUGAGGUGGGCACUGGCAGGGUGGCUUCAAGCGCCACAGGCUGGCGCCGCGCAGCGCAGCUAACUGAAUUCCACCUCUUCGGGUGCGCAGAAAACUAAUAUAAUCACGUGCACCUCAUCAACUGAGUGAUAUAGACCAAACACAUGUAUGCCUUCGCUUUGCCCAGUUGAGUUCGCUUGACUGGGAAUGGAGAGAAACGUCGAAUAUUUUGUUAUUGUUUAAUGAUGCGUCAAUACAAGUGGGACUGCUU